AUGGUGAUUGCUGGGCCGACCGAUUAUUCGCCAAUGAGCGCUCGCGCUGUGUCGGCGCCGGCGUCUCGGCCUGGCGACGGUGGUCGCCAGGCUCCUGUGCUGUCGGCGCCUCUUCCCGUCGCGCCGCCUGUCCCUCUCGCUGCGCCAACUGCUGCGUCUGCUCCGCUUGGCGCUCUUCGAGCUGUCGACCCCGCUGCUCCGUCUGCGGCCGCCGAGUGGGCGAUUGUUGAUGGCGGCGUGCCGGCCCAGUCGGUGGGGUCCGCCACCACUGACGUCCUGGGCCAGCCGGCGCUUCCCGCCGCUCUGGCUCCCCCGUCUGCACCGUCUCCGGCGCUGGUGCCUCCUCUGCCUGUGCUGGCGGGAUCUGCUCCUGCACCGCCGGUGGCUGCGCCUCCCGCGCCUCCUGUGGCUGCACCUCUCGCACCGCCUGUGGCUGCUCCUCUCGCGCCGCCUGAAGCUGUUCCCCUUGCACCGCCUGUGGCUGCUCCGCCUGCGGCGGGUCUGUCCGCGCCGCCCGUGGCUGUUCCCAUUGCUCCGCCGGUGGCAAAUCCCCCUGUGCUGUCUGCACAGCUUCCGCCGUCUCCUGGCCGUCGUCAGCAGCGGCCUCAAUCCCCCGCGCGGCAGGACGAGCGCGAGACGUCCUGGCGCCGCCACAAUUCCCCUCGUCGCCGUGGUUCCCAGGCGAACUGGGCAGCGCAACGCGGCGGCCGAGGCGGCUGGUGGGGGCCGCGUCAGCGGGGUGGCGGCUGGGGGUAUGACCAGUCGGUAACAAUGGCUGACCUGCAGCGCGCGGUAUCUGCUGCUGUGCGCGAGGAGCGGAACGGGCAGGCGAGCCAGAGCAACUCCCCGCGUGUUGCUCAGACCCCAAUGCCAUGGGUACCCCCUGUGGCGGGGGUUGAGUUUUUGACCGCGGCAGGUGGGCCCGUGACUGUGCAAUAUCCGUCCCUGCUGCCUGUGGAUCCCCCUCCCCCGUCCGUAGGUGCGGCGCACCCGUUCCAGGCGCUGCUGUGGCCUCAGCGCACGGUUGCGGUUCCGGAGGUGACCCUUGGUCAGAUCUGGCGCCUCUCGGAGGCUCUGCGGGUCGUACAUCUGGUGCAGGUGUAUGGUCACGCCGCCCUUUCCCAGGGCGACUCACUGGUGGGCGGCCCUCGGGACGAUUGUCUCGCGGUGGCUGAUCGUCUCGCCGAGCUGCUGGCGCCCGUGUUGGCUGCGCCCGCGCGGGGUGGGCUUGCGGGGGUCGGGCCGCUGGGUUCGGCCAUGCGUGGGCUGCGCCGCCUGUUGCAUGCAGGGACUGGAUCCGGGGCGAUCGCCGCAGGCACGGUGCUGGUGCCUGAGCUGCAUCGCACGAUGUCGGGGCUGCUUGCUGUGUAUGACGCGGAUCAGAUGUAG